AUGGGCAAGCGAGGAAGGGAGGAAGGCGAUGAGCAUGCGGAGUCGACCCGGGACGCAAAGCGCAUCAGACCGGCGUCGGUCGACCACAUGUCACGACUGAGCAACGAGCUGUUGCUGAAGGUGCUCUCCUUCCUCCCAGUAUCCGAACUGAUAGUAUGUCAAAGGUAUGUCUACUUUUCUAUACUUCUCGCCCUCACAUACCCGUGACGCAUAAUAACUUUAAAUCUGCAGAAUAUCUCACAAAUACCACAAACUCGCGGGAGACGGCCAGCUAUGGAAGUCGCAUUACUACAACCGCUUCGUGAGGCCGCGAGCCAGCCGACUACCGGGACUGAAAGAGCUGGGAGCAUUCAAUGACAGCCUGAACUUUGCGUCCAAGGCAUCGAGAUGGUUGGACGAGGACCAUCUUGUCAAGAGCGCCGGCCAAACGGACUUCAAAAAGCAGUACAAACUCCGACAUAAUUGGACAAAAGGGAGUCCCAGUGCGGUCAAUGCAAUACCGGUCUCAGAGGAAGCUGCUAUACCACCCAUCCUUGUGCAAAUGCACGGCGGAAUCAUAUAUACGGUUGACCACGCAGAUGGGCUCCGAGCAUGGUCAGCGAAAGGGCCACGAGAUAUGAUUGCCCAGCUGGCCUUUCCGGCCUCAAGGACCCGCCCCCCGACCGCGUUAGCAGUUGAUGCUACAACUCUUGAAGACGAUAAUGCAAAAGUCGUUGUAGGGUUUGAAGACGGAUCGUUUGGCCUGUAUCUGCUCAACAAGUCGGAGCGAAAGUUCUGCCAUGGAUACUUCCACGAAGCUUCCUCGAAUGGCGUUGUGUCAUCUGUUGCACUAGCAUGGCCAUAUGCUGUAACUAUGACAGCAACUCAACUCCUCUCGUUGUAUCGCUUUGAUGAUGGAGCCGCGAGAGAUGUCGAAGGGAACGUUACUGCCCCACCGCGGCUGCUUCACUCGCUGAAAUCCCAUACUGUCUGGUCUCCCCUUUCCACAAGUCUAAGAACUUCGUCGUCCGCCGUCUUUAUAUGCGUAGCUUACGCGCUCCCUACAUAUCUUUCAGGGUGGACCGUCGGGAUCCAAGAAGUCACUGUAUCUCCUGAGGGCAAGCUACUCGAUUCGCGAUUGGCUUCGGCCAUCGAUCAGCACUAUCGACCUCUGGCAUUCACUAGUAGGCCAGUGAUGCAUCACCUCACACCGUUUAUCCCAGGGACAGGGACGUCGACAGCACUUGAGCUCCGGCACAUCCACUCGAAGCCGACCUCUCUCUCCUACACUCAUCCGUAUCUCUUGGUAUCUCAUCCUGACAACACACUGACCCUCUACCUGGUGACUUCUACGACAGACUCGUUGUCUGUUAGCGCGGGUAGCCGGCUCUGGGGUCACACCUCUUCUGUGUCGGGAGCACAGGUCUGCAGACGCGGUAAGGCCGUUUCAGUCAGCCGACGAGGAGACGAACUACGAGUCUGGGAGCUCGAAGGCGGAUUCUCUUCGACUGCAGCUCGAAAGCGACUCGCUGGCGGCGAUCUCAGCGUUCAGAUUAAGCCAGAAAGAAAGGCCACGUUAGCGCAGUCUGGGUUUGACUUGGUUGCCAAAGACAAGCAGGUCGCUCUGCCUGACGGAUAUGGCCCGUGCGAAGACGCGGUGGAUGAGCCUUCUGAACUGACACUCACGCGCGGGUGGAUCGGCUUUGAUGAUGAAAACGUGGUGGUAUUGAAGGAACAGAGUCAAGGGAAACAGGCCCUUGUGAUUUACGACUUUACAUGA